AUGAAUCUCCAAUAUUCCCUUACAUUGGCCCUGCUUCAGGCUGCGGCCGUUUAUGGUUACGCGAAUCCCGGAGCUUGCUCAGGUGCCUGCAACAUCCAUGAUCCUGCUUUGAUCCAGAACGACGACGGAACGUACUAUCGCUUCUCCACGGGCGGUGGCAUUUCCAUUGCUUCUGCUUCGUCCAUUGAGGGUCCCUGGACAGCUCUUGGAACUGUGUUGCCUAGCGGAUCCUCGAUUGACAAUUCCGGGAGCGAUGAUGCUUGGGCCCCCAAUGUGCAAAAGGUGGGUAACCUUUACCACCUUUACUACUCCGUAUCGACCUUCGAAACUCAAAUCUCUGCCAUUGGCCUUGCGACUUCCGAAACCAUGGAAGAGGGUACUUGGACUGAUAAGGGCUCAAUUGGAGUUGAAUCCACAACGGGCGACCAAUACAACGCCAUCGAUGGCAACCUCCUGGUAGACGGCUCCACCAACUACAUGACAUUUGGAUCAUUCUGGCAGGACAUUUUCCAAGUCACACUGAAUGCGGAUGCCACGUCUUCGACAUCGACACCAGUUAAUGUCGCGUUUGAUCCGGCUGGUACGCACGCAGUUGAGGGAGCUUUCCUGUACAAACACGGGGACUAUUACUACUUGUUUUACUCAUGGGGGAGCUGCUGCAAGUAUGAUCAGAGUAUGCCCGCGGCAGGGGAAGAGUACAGGAUCAAAGUUUGUCGGUCAAGCACUCCGACUGGGGGCUUUGUUGAUGCGGACGGUGUUGCAUGCACCGAGGGCGGCGGCACCGUCGUCCUUGAAAGCCAUGAUAAUGUCUAUGGACCUGGUGGACAGGGUGUCUACACCGACCCGAACCUUGGCCCUGUGCUUUACUACCACUACGUUGAUACGACCAUUGGCUACGCCGACGGCCAGAAACUGUUUGGAUGGAACGCCAUUGAUUUCUCGAGCGGAUGGCCUUCGGUGUAA